AUGAUGCUUGCAGAAGCUCACAACAUGGUCCUGACUGGACCAAAGAACAAAGAUUGGAGAGAUGAGCAUUAUGCAUACAUUAUGAUGUGGACAAACCGUUUGACCUCUGUUCUGGUUGGUGAUCCCGUAGUGCACUAUGAAGCAUCUGAAGCGUAUAUGCAAUGGUAUAAUGACGAAUAUGGAGCUCACCUGCGUUUAACUGGUUAUGUUCCACAGCCACAGCCACACCCACAGCCUCAGCCACAGCCACACCCACAGCCACAGCCACAGCCUCAGCCACAGCCAGAGCCACAGCCUCAGCCACAGCCAGAGCCACAGCCUCAGCCACAGCCAGAGCCACAGCCUCAGCCACAGCCAGAGCCACAACCUCAGCCACAGCCACAACCUAUGAUGCACCCAUACCAGUACCCGUACACACAACCGUACACUGAGCCUGGAGUCUCAUUCUUUAGUCAGUUAUUCGAUGACUCACAUUCAUUACAGAUGCCGCCAUAUCAAGCAUAUUAUCGACCCGCCAUGUCACAGCAGAGGGACACAGCUGAGCAAUCUUCAAAUCGUCAAUUGUAUCGGUGGGCACCUAAAACAGACACGUCGCAAUGGGUAAAUGAGUUGUUGGACCCUCAACUGCAAGUGCAACAAUUUCAGCCGCAACCUCCUGAAAUUAACGAGCAGGCUCCGCAGUGUAGUAGACAAUCGCCUCAAAUUGUUUGUGGUCGGUCAUCUGUUGAUUCGCAAGUACGACGUCGUAGCCCCUCUCCACGCUCUGGAGCUAGAAGGUCUAUUGACUCGAUUCAGAGUGAUUCGAUCCAGAGUGUCGCCAGAGGGAUUGGGUUUAGUAAUGCUGUUGAUUUUCCUCAGGUGCAGGCACCCAUGGCUGAGGAUGAUAAUGUUGGCGAGGAUGAUAGUGAUAGUGACAGCGAUGGUGAUGACGAUGCAGUUUCAAUCUCGACUGCUGCUGAUGGAUCUUUUUGUACCAUUGCUUCAAACCACGACGGCAAAGCUUCAUAA